AUGUCAAAACCACAGCGCGCGAUUUCAACGACGGAGGUAAAACGAGAGUCAAAAUCGUUCGAGGCAGUCCAGCAGGCAGUUUUGAUAGCCCUACUCAACUACCUCGGGUAUUCGAUCGAGAUUAAGCACCCCGAGCGCCUUGCCGCAAAAACCAUUCAAUUUUUAAUCGUCAACGAGUUGUUUUACGAUGGAAAAUCGUUAGGGUUUGGGGAGGAUAUCGAAUCGGUCUGCAACGAGCGUUACGAGGGCGAAAAAAACACUGCCCCAAACGCCAAGAAAGUCAGACAAACGCGGCGUCACAAAGAUAUCAAUCGGUCGGCACUCACGUUCAACCGCCUUUUGAAACUUGUCGAGGAUCACGGGUACACCGUCAAAAGGCGAUACACCAAAUCUUCCUUCAAAACGUUCCGAAUGGAAAAAAUCACAGACAUUCUAUUGAACGAUAAGAUCAUCAUCGACACUGCACAAAUGAAUGACAUCGGGAAAAGUGUGAACACCGUCAUUACUAAAACGUUCAAGAAAGGUCCCUACAAGACCACGCUAAUCGAAGUCAAGAACGAGGUUAUCAUGAACAUUUUGCAGCAAGUGCCGUAUUUCAAAAAUUCGAAGACUAAAGAGAUUGUGGAACAACCCGAACAAAUGCAGUUUGACCCCGUCAUGCUUCCACAGCAGAACUACUUUAAAGAUAUCCAGAGCUUCCCAAAGAAGGAAGAUAUCCAGGGGAUGUACGAUACUCGUGUAGAAUGCUCUGAGCCGAUCUUUGACAAAAUCUACGAUAUUACCAACGAAAGAAUGAAGGAGUUGUGCAUGCCGAUGGAUUUCGGCGUCAAGAAGGAGUUUGUACAGGAGAGUGGUAGUGCGGGGAGUUACCCCCCUCUCAAGAAAGAACAAGAAGGAAGAACUUCACCCACGUACCAGCUCAUGUUUAAGCCGGUUGAUAAUGACCCCUUCUUUCAACCACCUGUACAACCAUUUGUACAACAGAACCAUUUCCAAUACCAACCUCAACAAAAUGUUUAUGUCUAA